CAAUGAUAAUUGAGCAUGGACGCGCGCUCGGCCAAUAAGGUCAGGGCGGGAGAUUUGAAAGGACCACGGCAGGGGCGCGGCCCGGACGAUUCAGUCGUUUGCCAGCGCCCAGGCGGUAGGCUGUGCUACGGGUCUCGGGAUGACUCAAAAGGAGAACGCCUACCCCUGGCCCUACAGCCGGCAGAUGGUAAGGGCUUUUCCACUUACCCUCCCCCAACCUGCACGGCUCAAUCUGGCCUGAACACCCUGUCACAAAGAGUCCUCCGGAAGGAGCUUACCACCCCAUCUUCACUUGUCCUCAUGAGCCGCUCCAAUGCCCAGCCCACAGCUGCUGCUGGCCAGGACAGCUGUGGGCCCAACUCAAUGCGGACCUUCACAAUUGACGACUUUGAGAUCGGGCGUCCUCUGGGCAAAGGCAAGUUUGGAAAUGUGUACUUGGCUCGGGAGAAGACAAGCCAUUUCAUCGUGGCACUCAAGGUCCUCUUCAAGUCUCAGAUAGAGAAGGAGGGUGUGGAGCACCAGCUUCGCAGAGAGAUCGAAAUCCAGGCCCAUCUGCAGCAUCCCAACAUCUUGCGUCUCUACAACUAUUUCUAUGACCGUCGAAGGAUCUACUUGAUUCUGGAGUAUGCCCCCCGAGGGGAGCUCUAUAAAGAGCUGCAGAAGAGCCGCACUUUUGACGAGCAACGAACUGCCACGAUCAUGGAGGAACUGGCAGACGCGUUGAUGUACUGCCACGCAAAGAAGGUGAUUCACAGAGACAUAAAGCCGGAGAAUCUGCUCUUGGGGCUCCAGGGAGAGCUGAAGAUUGCUGACUUUGGCUGGUCUGUACACGCCCCCUCCCUGAGGAGGAAGACAAUGUGCGGCACCCUGGACUACCUGCCGCCAGAAAUGAUUGAGGGGCGCAUGCACAAUGAGAAGGUGGACCUGUGGUGCAUCGGCGUACUCUGUUAUGAACUGCUGGUGGGAAACCCCCCCUUUGAGAGUGCUUCGCACAAUGAAACGUACCGGCGCAUCGUCAAGGUAGACCUGAAGUUCCCCCAUUCUGUGCCUGUGGGAGCCCAGGACCUCAUCUCCAAGCUGCUCAAACAUAACCCCUCAGACCGACUGCCCCUGGCUCAGGUUUCAGCCCACCCUUGGGUCCGGGCCCACUCUCGGAGGGUGCUGCCACCCUCAGCCCUUCAGUCUAUCCCCUGAAUCGACCCUGUCAUUUAGUCAGUUAUGUUUGUAUUUGUAUGUCUAUAUAUGUGUAGUUGGAAGAAGGGGUCUCUGGCCUGUUUCCCUAUCUGUCUUCUGCCUCCUUUUUAUUUAAUAAAGGCUGAAAAGUUUUAUA